AUGAGACAAGCUGAUAAUAGUGAACAAAAUGAUGAAGAGAUGAGAAAAUGGAAUUUGAAUAAAACUCAGCAAAAUUUAUGGGGUUUACAUGUUGAUGAAAAAUUAGAAGAACGUUGGCGAUCAUUUGGCUAUGAUACAGUAAAACUUAUUGAACGACAAGCACUUAUGCAACGUAAACAAUUUGAAAAUUUAAAACAAAAUUUAUCCAAUACACAACAUGCUUUACAGGCUGUUUCUUCAACUUUUCGUCAAACUGCUGAAAAUUUGGGUCGUGUUGAGUGGAAUUUAUCAUUGUUACAAGAAGGUGCCAAAUUGAUACCUAACUUUUCAGUUUUUUUAACUAAUAGUAAUUGUUCUACCACAAGAAAUAAAUGA